AUGUCUGCAUUUGUCAGGGUGCUUCCAAGAAUAUCCAGAAGCUCGGUGCUCACUAGAUCAUUGAGACUGCAAUUGAGAUGCUACGCAUCGUACCCAGAGCACACCAUCAUUGGUAUGCCCGCACUGUCCCCCACGAUGACCCAAGGUAAUCUGGCCGUUUGGUCCAAGAAGGAAGGUGACCAAUUGGCCCCCGGUGAAGUGAUUGCCGAAAUUGAAACUGACAAGGCCCAGAUGGAUUUCGAAUUCCAAGAAGACGGUUACUUGGCCAAGAUCCUGGUCCCUGAGGGUACGAAGGACAUUCCCGUUAAUAAACCCAUUGCUGUGUACGUAGAGGAUAAGAAUGAUGUGCCAGCUUUCAAGGAUUUCAAGCUGGAAGACUCGGGUUCCGAUACAAAGGCCAACACGAAGGCUCAGCCAGCUGAGCCACAGGCAGAAAAGAAACAGGAGGCACCAUCCGAAGGGUCCAAGACUUCCAUCCCCGAGGCUAAGAAAACCAGUGACACUGCUCCUCAAGGCAGAAUUUUUGCCUCCCCACUGGCAAAAACUAUCGCCUUGGAAAAUAAUAUCUCCUUGAAAGAUGUCCAAGGCACGGGACCUCGCGGUAGAAUCAUCAAGGCUGAUAUUGACUCAUACCUAGAAAAUUCGUCCAAGCAACCUUCCGUGACCAGUGGCGGACCUGCUGUUGCCUCAGGGGCUGGUGCCAGUUCUACUCCAUCACCUUCUUCUACAGCAUCAUACGAAGAUGUCCCAAUCUCGACCAUGAGAAGCAUCAUUGGAGAACGUUUGCUGCAAUCCACUCAGGGCAUUCCAUCAUAUAUCGUUUCCUCCAAGAUAUCUGUCUCCAAGCUUUUGAAGUUGAGACAAUCCUUGAAUGCUACGGCAAACGACAAGUACAAACUAUCCAUCAACGACCUACUAGUCAAAGCCAUUACUGUUGCAGCUAAGAGAGUUCCGGACGCUAAUGCCUACUGGUUGCCUAAUGAAAACGUCAUUCGUAAGUUCAAGAAUGUUGAUGUUUCUGUCGCGGUCGCUACACCAACUGGUUUGCUGACCCCGAUCGUUAAAAACUGUGAGGCUAAGGGUUUGUUGCAGAUCUCCCAUGAAAUCAAGGAAUUGGUCAAGCGUGCCAGAAUAAACAAACUGGCUCCAGAGGAGUUCCAGGGUGGCACCAUCUGCAUCUCCAAUAUGGGCAUGAAUAAUGCAGUAAACAUGUUCACUUCCAUCAUCAACCCACCGCAGUCUACGAUCCUGGCAAUUGCCACCGUUGAAAGAGUCGCCGUGGAAGACGCUGCCGCAGAAAACGGAUUCUCCUUCGAUAACCAGGUCGCUAUAACAGGGACCUUUGAUCAUAGAACCAUCGACGGCGCCAAAGGUGCCGAGUUCAUGAAAGAAUUGAAAACUGUCAUCGAAAAUCCUUUGGAAAUGCUAUUAUAA